AUGUUAUUGUUUUUCCCUUCCAGGCCAGAAUAUGGAGAGAUUGAACGUAUUGUACAUGCUGUAAUAAAAACAUUGGGCCAUCAAUUCUCUGGGUUUGUGGAUGAUCUUAUUGGAAUGCAACCACGUGUUCAAGCAUUAGAAGAUAAUUUAAGAUUAAAUUCAAACAGUGAUAAUAUUCAAGUUUUAGGAAUUUGGGGAAUGAGUGGAAUAGGAAAGACGACUCACGCUACUGUUUUAUAUGAUAAAAUCUCUCACAGGUUUGAUGCUUCUUGUUUUAUUGAAAAUGUGAGCAAACUUUAUAAAGAUGGUGGCAAUACUGCUGUACAGAAACAAAUUAUUCAUCAAACUUUAGAUGAAAAAAAUCUGGAUGUAUACAGUCCUUUUGAAAUAGCAGGGAUUGUAAGAAAUAGGCUCCACAACAUAAAGGUUCUUGUAGUUCUUGACAAUGUUGAUCAAUUAGAGGAACUACAGGAAUUGGCAAUAAAUCCUAAAUUGCUUUUCAAAGGAAGUAGAAUGAUUAUUAUCACAAGGGAUGAGCAUAUUCUGAAAGUGUAUGGUGCUCAUGUAAUACACAAGGUUUCACUUUUGAAUGAUCACGAUGCUCGUAAAUUGUUUUAUACAAAAGCCUUCAAAAGUGAAGAGCAAAGCAGUAGUUGUGUGGAGUUGAUUCCUGAGGUACUCAAAUAUGCCCAAUGUCUUCCAUUGGCAAUUAGAGUUAUGGGUUCUUUCUUGUGCACUCGAGAGGCUGAUGAAUGGAGGGAUAUCUUGAAUAGAUUAGAGAAUAGUCCAGAUAAUAAAAUUAUGAACGUACUUCAAAUAAGUGUUGAUGGAUUAGAAUACGAGGAAAAAGAAAUAUUUUUACACGUUGCUUGUUUUUUUAAAGGGGAGAGGUUGGAUUAUGUUAAGCGAAUUCUAGACUGCUGUGGAUUAUACCCUCUCAUUGGAGUUAAAAGACUGAUUGAAAAAUCACUCAUCACUAUCAGAGAUCAAGAAAUUCUUAUGCAUGACAUGUUACAAAAUUUGGGAAAGAAAAUGGUUCGCGACCGAUCUCCCGAAGAACCGGGAUCACGGAGUAGAAUAUGGCUUUAUAAAGACUUCUUUCACGUUUUGACCACAGAAACGGGUACAGAAAAUGUGAAAGCCAUAGUUCUGAGUCAAAAAAGAAAAAACUCGGAAUACAAUGUUAAUGGAUUGUCAAAAAUGAAGAGGCUUACAUUACUCAUAUUAUAUCACAGUAAAUUUUCUGGAAACCUCGAUUAUCUUUCUGACAGGUUGCGAUAUCUUUUGUGGCAUGACUAUCCUUUUAGUUCUCUGCCCCCUUAUUUUACAGCCUCUAAUCUGGUGGAAUUGAAUAUGCCUAAUAGUCGCAUCAAAUAUUUAUGGGAAGGUAGAAAGGUACCAUAA